AUGCCGACAUCAACGACAAAGCUGAGCCUCGGCCUCGCCUUCCUAGCCGCGACCUCGCUCACCACCGCCUACCCGCUGUACACGUUCAACGGCAGUCCAUCCGCUCUCCUGGCCCGAGACGACAACAGCACCCUCCAGUCCUGCCUCGCCAACAGCGGCGGCUACGACCUCUCGUACAGCACCUCUUCCGACUACACCGCCCUCUCCACCUCCUACAAUUCGCUGUUCGACUACAAGCCUCUCGUCGUCGCGGUUCCCUCCUCGGAAGCCGAGAUCUCGGCCAUUGUCCAAUGUGUUUCCGCUGAAGGGGGCAAACAAAAGCUCAGCCCGCGCUCAGGCGGUCACUCCUACGAGUCCUACUCGCUCGGUGGUCAGGACGGGUCUGUAGUCGUCGACCUGCAGAACUUUAACACCAUCGAUGUCAAUCAGACGACCAAAACCGCUAUUGUCGGAGCAGGUGUCCGUCUCGGCCCGCUAGCACAGUCCAUCUGGGAUCAGGGCAACUUCUCGCUUCCCCACGGCACCUGCCCAUACGUCGGUGUCAGCGGUCACGCUCUCGGCGGUGGGUUUGGCUUUCCCACUCGCGCCUGGGGCUUUUUGCUCGAUCGGAUUGUCGAGAUGCGCAUGAUCGACGUCAACGGUACCAUUCAAAACGUCAACAACGAGACCAAUACCGAUCUCUGGUGGGCCCUCCGUGGGGCGGGGUCGAACAAUUUUGGCAUCGUCACCCAGUUCACCUUCAGCCUGCUCGACGCUCCGACGAGCAUCAUCAACUAUGCGUAUUCGUACAAGACGAAUGAGGAUUGCGCCAACGCCGUGGUUGCGCUGCAGAGCAUGACACUGGCUACGAACGUCGAUCAGGGAUUGGCGCCCGAGUUCGGUGGUGAGCUGCUGAUCGCGGGCUCGGCGGCGGGCGACUUUGAUGGCAACGCGUGCCAGCUCUCCGGUCAACACAUCUCUACCUCGCGCGCGGAUCACGACGCCCUGAUCUCGCGCUUCAACACCCUCGCUGGCAUCACACCGGCAAGCACCACCGUCACCGAGUACACUUCCUGGCUCGAAUCGCUCGAAAACAUCAUGGGGAGCCUCAACACCUCCGCCCCCAUCACGCAGGAUCAGUUUUACGCCAAGUCCCUCGUCCAACCCACCCUCGCCACGUACAACUACUCGUCCGCUCUGGCGCUGGUGGACAAGCUGAAUGGAUACGCCGGAUUGCAAGGCACGGGCAACAGCGUCUCGUUUGACUUCCUCGGCCCGCUUUCGUUCCCGAACAACGUCAAUGCGAGUGACAGCGCGUUCAAUGCGCACACUGCCAGCUUCAUCUACCAGUUCUACUCAUACGGCUUUCCGUCGAACGACAACUCGGACGGCCAACAACAGGUCUGGAACGCAUUCGACGAUCUGGUGGAGACGGCAAAGGACAGUGACAGUGCAGCGGACUGGGGUGCAUAUGUCAACUACGUCGAUGCUAGACAGCAGGAUUGGGGGUCAGCGUACUACGGACAGGGUCUGGCGAGGCUGAAGGCGAUGAAGGAGACGUGGGAUGCCGAGGGGGUGUUCUGGUUCCCGCAAGGAUUGGCGAGUGCCUAA